GUGUUGUGUCCAAUCAGCGCAGAGCAGGUCUGCUGGCUGCCUCGCCAUCACUAGUUAGCAAGUUAGCUCCAGCAGGCGCUAAGUCUUCCACCUUCUUCACCUCUUCUUGUCUUUAAAAGUCUUCGCUGUCUUCAAGCUUCCUCUGGGGGAACACGCCGAAGAUGCAGUUCAUGCUGCUGUUCAGCCGCCAAGGCAAGCUGCGCCUGCAGAAGUGGUAUGUACCUCUUUCUGACAAGGAGAGGAAGAAGAUCUCCAGGGACCUGGUCCAGACCAUCCUGGCCAGGAAGCCCAAGAUGUGCAGCUUCUUGGAGUGGAGAGACCUGAAGAUUGUGUACAAGAGAUACGCCAGCUUGUACUUCUGCUGUGCAGUGGAGGAUCAGGACAACGAGCUGAUCACCUUGGAGAUCAUCCAUCGAUACGUGGAGCUGUUGGACAAGUACUUUGGCAGCGUGUGUGAGCUGGAUAUCAUCUUCAACUUCGAGAAGGCCUACUUCAUCCUGGAUGAGUUCCUGCUGGGUGGAGAAGCCCAGGAAACCUCCAAGAAAAAUGUGCUGAAGGCCAUAGAACAAGCCGACCUGCUGCAGGAGGAGGCGGAGGCUCCACGCAGUGUCUUGGAGGAAAUCGGGCUGACAUAAAUGCGAGCCAGCGUCCGUCUUGUUUGUGUCACUUUGUGUCUUUGCUGUUGUGUUGACAAGUGUGCUCGUCUAUCAUGUCCUGUGACUGUGCUGCCAAGUGUGCUUCAAUGUGUCUCUAUUUGUGUAGCACAUCCCCCCUCUGCCCCCCUCCCCUCGUGGAAAACUACACUCAAGUAGCAAGAACAUCAAUUAUUAGCACUUCCUGUUGGAGACCUUGAAAAUAGCUUUUGACUAAUGGUGGUGAUGUAAACUACUUCCUGUCCAGUGUUAUGUUUGUCAACAUGUGGAAUGUUUCUAUUUCUCUGUGACCAAAGAGCCGUGAUCAUGUGACAUCAAAGGACUGUUGCGCUCACAAGUUAUUGUUGAAGUAAGAAAGUAUUCAUCCUGCUAGUAGAGGCAUCAUGUUUACUUUGUCUCUCAGCCACCCGGCCUGGUGACUAGUUGACUUUUCAAGAUGCAGCAGGACAACAACAGAUGAAUAGUCUCACUGCCUUCAGAAGGAAGCCAAAACAGUAUUUCUUCACCCGUGUUUACAGUUUGACAGAAAGUUACAUCAAUAAAUGUCUGCAAAGUGAAA